AUGAACGGCCUGUGGCUAUUGCUGUUUGUGGCUGGCGUUGUGGCGCAAGAGCCCUUUCAAUGCGGAACGGAUAGUUUGUCAGCGAGCUUGGCUUAUACGGCCAUACAGAUGUCGUGUCCAGCUAAACUUGGUGAGCCUUAUAAGGCGAUAUUAGUCAGGUUUUUACAUCGUAAUAUGUAUCUGGAAAGUGACAAGCUCACUUUGAAAACAAAACUGGCCAAAUUCGAAGCCAUACGGCCCCUAGUUUCAGAAAUUGAAGCCAGACUGGCUCUAGUACCAGAUACAAUUUCCGUCUGAAAAACAUCCCCUUUUCAGGCAUAGUAAACCACUGCUGUGUUGUUCAUGACGCCUGCUAUGACCAAUACCCAGGCCCAACCAGAGAACAAUGCGAUGAAGGGUUCUGUGCCUGUCUUAGAGCCACUCAAUGCGGCGGAGAAGUCCCUGCAUUCUGUACUAUCGUCAAAAGUCUUGGUGGAGAGGCAUUCCGAACCGCUCGAAUUGCGGGUUGCAAAAAACGAGCGAGGGAUGCAAAAGAGAAGGCUUUAUGCGAUCAACAGAUGCUUCAAGGUUCAAAUGAGAAAGUUGAGCAGACAAAUUCGUUGCAAUUGUUUAUAGAAGCGAAGGGAAUGGCGUACAAUUGCUUGAACCCAUUGUCACGUAAGGUUUGAGGGAUUGGAAAAUCGAACAAAAAAAUGUCGUCAUCAUACAGAGUAGACCAAAAUUUGGGGUAUAAUUUUUAACGAAAUUUUUCGCAAAGUUUUUGGCCUGCUAUUUAAAGAAAGCACCAAGAUUUUUAGGCCAGGAGUUGGCAAAAAGUAAAGAUUUUUUGCGUUUUUAAAUUUCAAGUGCUAUAAAGCCUUGCUUAAAAAAAAAAAAAAAAAAAAAAUUGUGCGAAAUUCAAGAAGAUACUGCCAAUCCGACCAAUCUUUCCUCAUGUACACUUAAUUAUAGCGGGGAACCUGAUCCAGUGGCAAAAAACGUACCAUUUUGCAUCCAGGAAGUAUCAAAAAAUGUGGCAAAAUACCUCCCUCUCCAAGCGAAAAAACUCAGAUUUCAAAAGCCGCUCUUUUUGUGAGGAAAAAGAGCGCGCCCUUCAAAACGAAGUUUUUUCACUUGGAGAGGGAAGCAUUUUGCCACAUUUUUUGAUACCUCCCGGACGCAAAAUGGUACGUUUUUUGCCACUGGAUCAUAUCCCCCACUGUAAUUAAGUGUACAUGAGGAAAAAUUGGUCGGACUCGCCGUAUCUUCUUGAAUUUCGCACGAUUUUUUUUGAGCAAGGCUUUACAACACUUGAAAUUUAAGAUCACAAAAAAUUUUAACUUUUUGCCAACUUCUGGCUUAAAAAUCCUGGUGCUUUCUUCAAAUAGGCCAAAAACUUUGUGAAAAUUUUCGUUAAAAAUUAGACCCCAAAUUUUAGUCUAAUCUGUAUGAUAUCGAAACCUCCAAACUUUCAGAAAUCGCCUGCAGCCUGAUAUUCGACGCUUUCUUGAAGGGAGAUGAAAAGGUUUCCGUCGGACAGAUCUGUUCUUGCCUUUCCCGUGGCCUGCGUUCAGAGUCUUGUCGUAAAGGCUACAACCAUAUCUGCCCAGGUUUUUGA